UUCAGGUACCAGGACAUCCUCCACUCGGUCCAUCUGACGCGUAAGAGCAAGCCGGGCCUCAGGACCUGCGAUGGUUUCACCGAGCUGCUCAACUACCUGCGCAGUGACAUCCAGGAGAUCGCCUCACGACUCCAGAAGGGAGGCCUGGGAUACCUGGAGGACAACGUAGACAUCGAAGAACAGAUGAAAGACAUGGAGAAGUUGAAAGACUUUGGAGAGAUCGUCAUCACCAUCCAGGCCUGUGUGAUCAAAAAGUUCCUGCAGGGAUUCAUGGCCCCCAAGCAGAAGAAGAAGAAAAAGACAGCAGGAGAGGAAAGCAGCAAGGCAGAGGAAGUGGAUGAUGAGAAGAGGCUGGCAGAAGAGGCCAGGGUGGCAACAGCGGUGGAAAAGUGGAAGACUGCUAUCCGAGAGGCCCAGACCUUCUCCCGCAUGCACGUCCUGCUGGGAAUGUUGGACGCCUGCAUAAAAUGGGACAUGUCCGCCGAGAACGCUCGCUGCAAAGUCUGUCGCAAGAAAGGGGACGAUGAGAAACUGAUCCUCUGUGACGAGUGCAACAAGGCCUUCCAUCUGUUCUGUCUGCGGCCGGCUCUGUACCGCAUCCCAGACGGAGAGUGGCUGUGCCCGGCCUGCCAGCCCACUGUGGCCCGGAGGGGGUCCCGCUCCAGGUAACCGUCGCACUUUGACCCUGUCCUGCAUCGUGAAUUUAAAGUCUUGUACAACAUCGUGGUAACCUUCUUCUAUAUAGAGGUCAUGAGAAUAUUAAUAUAUAGUAUUAAAAUGUUCUUACAGUGCAUGACAUUAAAGAGACUGUGAAGUGCAUU